AGGAGAAAAAAAAAUGCGGGGGAAUUUCUGACAGACUCAACUUUAUUCUCACUAAGUUAUCAAACAACAAAACUAAAGUUCUAAUGAAGGAAAUAUCCCGCAGAAUUGAGGCAGCCGUUCAUCCUGACGCGCCAGUUUUGGACAUCAACGCACAAAUGGCAUGAUCUUUGGACACUCAUUUUACAUAGAAAACCCGGCUGCUGGAAUAAGUCUCUUCAUGAUCAUAGCCGCUGUGCUGAAUUGACCUCAGCCAUGAGUGGAAAAGGCUGCCAGCUCCUUGUGUCUCCUUGCAGUGUCUCUCCAUCAUUAAAUGCGAUCAGAGGGCACCCGUCUCAGAUCAUUGGGAUACCUGGGUCCUCUUCCCCUCAACAAAACCGAUUUGGGUCAUCUAGAGGAAGAACAGAGAACCCAAAAAGAAAAAGCCUUCCUUCUGUAAAUCCUGGGAAACAAAAUGAAGGCCAUGUCAUCCUGCCUAGCCUGAGCCUCCGCAGAAAGGUUUUGACCAAUGGGAGAGAUCUAACCGUUCCAGACGGAAACUCACAGCAAAUGGACCCUUUUCCACUUCAAAACACAACCACAGCAAUAGUCAAGAAUGCAAAACUCCCAAACCCCUCUAACUACAACAUCAAAGCUGACUUUGCAGUGUCUGGAUGCACUAUAGUGACCAGCAGUCCUACAAGUGUUUUCUCAGGACCAAUGUUUCCUGCAAGGCCUUGUCCACCAUCAUGUCACAGUAUGCCCGUUUCUCAUACUGAUGCCAGGUCCUUACCGUCCAGAGAAUCCCUGGCAUCCACCACCCUCAGCCUGUUUGAAACCCAAUCUGUGUUUAGUGGCAAACAAGAUUGGCCAUAUGGUUACCGUGUGCUUCCCCCGGUGGGACUAUCUCAGAGCUCUGCCCAAGCCGGUGAGGGGGGUGAACAGUUCAGCCUCCCCCCUGGUACCGCCAUGUCGGGCACGACCACAUCAGGGGAAACAAGCACCUCUGCCUCCUUGCCCUCAUAUCUUUUUGCAGCUGAGGCCGGAAGCCCCAGACAAUCUCAUGCGAAGAAGAGAGCGCUCUCCACAUCACCAUUAUCAGAUGUCUUUGGCGUUGAUUUUAAUAGCAUUAUUCGCACCUCACCUACGUCCCUUGUGGCUUAUAUCAACGGUUCAUCCCAUUCCACACUCUCUCCUGUUCAGUCUGAUGGAUAUGGUCAUUUCUUAGGGGUGAAAGGUCGCUGCAUACCUCCCAAACAUCCAUGCAGCAUGCUUAGCUCUGUACAAGGACUCUCCCCACUAUCAGAGUGUGGCCACAUGCAGGGGCUCGAAGAGGGUGGGAGUCUGGAGAACCAGAUGGCCAACAUGAUGGUUGGGCCACAGUACCUUUCAGAAAAAGAGGGGCUUCUGGAGAAAAUCUCCGACUGUUGCAGCCAAACAUCCCACAGAAUCCUACCACUUGUACAGUCAGAGUCAGCAUCUUUGAUGAGAACCCAAGAAGCUUCUGCUCCACAUGGGCCUCCACCACCUUACUACUCUCACCAUCACAUAAACCCUUCCCGACAUCACUGCAAAAUGAAAGCCCAAUCUCAGAGUGCUGCCACACAAGCUCCCAUGUUUCCACACAGGAAUGGAGUCGGCUUUUUACCAAAGAUUCCCAUGCUUGAGGAGGAGGACGGGGAGGUAGAGGACUGUGGUACCCACUUCUGCAGGUGGAUGGAUUGCACUGCCAUUUAUGACCAAAAGGAGGAGCUGGUAAGGCACAUAGAGAAGCUCCAUGUGGACCAGCAAAAGGCAGAUGACUUCACCUGCUAUUGGGUUUGCUGCCCAAGAAACUUAAAGCCAUUCAACGCCAGAUACAAGCUUCUUAUCCACAUGAGGGUCCACUCCGGGGAGAAGCCCAACAAAUGCUCGUUUGAAGGAUGCAACAAGGCUUUCUCUCGGCUUGAAAACCUGAAGAUCCACCUGCGCAGCCACACAGGGGAGAAGCCCUAUCUGUGUCAGCACCCAGGUUGCCACAAAGCUUUCAGCAACUCAAGUGACAGAGCUAAACACCAGCGAACACACCUGGACACAAAGCCAUAUGGCUGCCAGGUUCCUGGGUGUGCAAAACGUUACACUGACCCCAGUUCUUUGAGGAAACAUAUGAAGUCCCAUUCUACCAAAGAGCAGCAGUUAAGAAAGAAGAUGAAAUCGUCUGCAGAUGCAACCCAAGACAUGCUGACCGACUGUUUAACUAUUCACUCUCUACAUUCCAACCUUUCCCCUCUGGCGAGGAUAGACAGCUUGAACCCAGCUCUUGGUGCAACACAAGGACAGGAUACUUAUAACAGUUCCCAGCUGGCUCAGAUGUUCACAGUACAAGAUAACUACAGAUUUGUUAAUCAGCUGAUCUCCAGGGACACCUCUGUGCCUUCCUCCUCCACAUGCCACCCUCUCCCUACUAGCGGAUCAGCGCUGCUGAACAACUGUGAUCUGAAGCAACUUGGCCAGCCUCCAGAGGUAGCAGAUCAGAGCUCAGAAUGUGGCGUCCACGUUCGAAAUCAAGACGCCUCUGCUUAUCAAGAGUUGCAUGGCGGGGAUUACUUUUGUAUGGUGGAUCACACUACGAGCAAUGUCCCCAGCAUUUAUACAGAGACAUGAAAUUACUCUGUUGUCAGUGAUAUCAUGCUGAUUUAUCACUUUAUAGCAAAUAAAUUGUUUAAAUGUACAACUAUACUGUGUAAUCAAUUGUGAAAGUCUCAGGAGGGCUGCUUACAGAAGAACUUCAAGGUUUUCAUGUUUUUUACAUGGUUUCUGAACGUCUUAGAUAUAACAUAUGGCAAGUCUUAUGUUUUAUCCUUUCAGGUGGCAUUUUGCACAAUGUCAACACUGCAAUCAAAGCAAAGUAUGCAAGGGAUGAUUUAUUACAGUUUUUUCUUAGAACCGUGUCUUGGUUUCUAUAGUAACAAGGCAGCCUUUAUUAUCUGACAGCAAUGUCAUACGUAUUACUUGUUGCUUGAAUGUAGUAAUGUGCAAUGAGUGUUCCUGUGCUUAGAUAAUAAGGCAAAUGACUGUUUGUGCUCACACCAGUGGUUUUGAAUGUUUUAUUACCACAAAUUAUUUAAACUCGACAAAUUGGUAAGCCCUCUAUUAAAGCAUGAAGUAAUGCUUUUGGACUUCCUCGUUUUCAUUUGUCCAUAUGGUAAGAGUUACGCUGUUAUACUAACCAGCUGAAAUCAUAAUUAGUUGUUUCUUGUUUGUAUUUUUACAGAUGAU